AUGACAUCGAUCGUCGGGUCGCUACAGGCUUCGCUGCCUAAGCCCAAAUACACGGGCGAGGAGGAGGAAGCUCCCGCGCGAGCGCAACAACGCGGUGUUCGAAUUGUUGGCCCCGGACAGCUUGACGAAACGCAGGUCGUUCUCAAACGAUCUGGCCCCCCAGCAUAUGGCCAGCGCGCAGGAUGGCGACCACGAUCGCAGGAGGACUUUGGAGAUGGAGGCGCUUUCCCCGAGAUUCCGAUUGCUCAGUAUCCGCUAGAGAUGGGAAAGAAGGGCGCCAACUCUAGCAACGCGUUGGCGGUUCAGGUUGAUUCUGAAGGCAAGGUCAAAUACGAUGCCAUCGCGCGACAAGGCCACACCGAGAACCGAAUUAUCCACACAUCGUUCAAAGAUCUUAUCCCACUUCGACAACGCGCCGAUGCGGGCGAGAUCGAUCUUGCGCGACCCGAUAAGGAAUCUGUUGAGGCAACAACAGAGAGGACGAAGAACGCACUGGCCGCCUUGGUCAGUGGUGCGGUAGCAGCCCAGAAACCGAAGAACGUCAAUAUUGGACAGCGCAAAGACCCUACUUUCGUUCGAUACACACCAGCAAACCAGAUGGGAGAUAACUCAAAGAAGCAAGACCGUAUCAUGAAGAUUGUCGAGCGACAACGUGACCCCAUGGAACCCCCGAAAUUUAAGCACAAGAAGAUCCCCCGAGGACCCCCUUCGCCGCCUCCGCCAGUCAUGCACUCACCACCCCGAAAACUCACAGCUGAAGACCAAGAGAACUGGAGGAUUCCUCCCCCAGUCUCGAACUGGAAGAACCCCAAGGGUUUUACAGUGCCGUUGGACAAGCGUUUGGCUGCAGAUGGACGUGGUAUGCAGGAUGUGGCCAUUAGUGAUAAGCAUGCUCAGUUCGCUGAAGCUGUAAAGAUGGCUGAGCGUCAUGCUCGUGAAGAGGUUCAACAACGUGCUAUGAUGCAGCAACGUCUAGCGGAGAAGGAGAAGGCAGAUAAAGAGGAGACCCUUCGACAGUUGGCUCAGAAAGCUCGUGCAGAGCGAUCAGCUGGUGGUCGUGGGCGCAGAGAUUCUCGUGGUUCUCAGGAUUCAAGGGAUUCACGAGACUCCAGAUCACGAUCGCGAUCACGAAGUUACAGUUAUUCCGAGUCAGACCGCUCCGAUAGUGAAGACGAGGGAGUCAAAGAGCGUAUGAAGGCUCGUCAGGAGAAGCAAAGAGAGGAGGAGCGAAAGCUGCGACAGAACCGUAUGGGUGCUGAGCGACGAGCUCAGGUUAUGGCCCGUGAACAAGGCCGAGACAUUUCGGAAAAGAUUGCUCUGGGCGUAGCUAAGCCUACACAAUCAAAGGAGACGAUGUACGACUCGCGAUUAUUCAACCAAACGAGUGGAUUCGACAGCGGCAUCAACGAGGACAACCCCUACGACAAGCCUCUCUUCGCAGCACAAGAUGCAGUGAACAGCAUCUACCGACCGAAGAUUGACGCGGAUGAUGACGAUGAAGAGACGGGUGACCGGGAGAUGGCCAAGAUCCAGAAGAGCAGUCGAUUCGGCUCGGCUCUUGGCAAGGGAACUUUCAAGGGUGCCGCCGAAGUAGAGGCACGCGAAGGUCCCGUUCAGUUCGAGAAGGCCGUUGAAGAUCCUUUUAAUGUUGACAAGUUCUUGUCAGAGGUAGACCAGGGCUCAUCUAAGCGCGGUUAUGGCUUGCAGGAAGAAGACAGCAGACAGUCCAAACGACCACGAGUUGACCCCGACGAUGAUGAGUAA